AUGGCUCUCUCGCGUGUGGCCAUGCUGUGUAACCGCGCCGAAUUCAAAGCUGGUGAGGAGUCGAAACCCGUGCUGAAGCGUGAGUGCAACGGUGAUGCGUCUGAGUCGGCUCUGCUAAAGUGUGUGGAAUUGUCGAUUGGUGGUGUGACGAAGUACCGUUCUGAAAACCCAAAGGUAGCGGAGAUCCCCUUCAACUCAACCAACAAGUACCAGGUUAGUGUUCACGAGACGAACGACGGCGACGACCGAUACCUAGUUGUGAUGAAGGGUGCCCCAGAACGCAUCCUAGAUCGUUGUUCGACAAUCCUGAUUGACGGGCAGGAGUUGCACAUGGACGACGAGUGGAGAGAGAACUUCAACAACGCCUACCUGGAACUGGGUGGCAUUGGUGAACGUGUGCUUGGCUUCUGCGACCUUCGUUUGCCAGCGGAUAAGUUUCCUCGUGGUUUUCAGUUUGAUGUUGACGAACAAAACUUCCCAAUCGAAGGCAUGCGCUUCGUUGGGUUGAUGUCCAUGAUUGAUCCGCCUCGU